UUGUUUAUGCCAAAAAAAAAAUGGUUUUUGACUGUUAGUGUCUUUACCAAAAAAAAAAAAUUGUUAGGGUUUAAGUCAUUUAGGCAAAGCCUUCUUCCUCUGCCGUUCUAGCACUUCGUUACCAUUACCUUCGCUUUGGCAUUUCUGUCUUCAAAUUCCAGAUUUCAUGGGUGUGGUUGAUUUCUCCAGUGCCUCCUCUCGUUGCAUGAUUGAAACCCAUCAAAAGCUUCGUCCAGUAGUAUUGCCAAGACCCAUCUGUUCAUUUGGAGGGAAUCACAAAUUGGUGGUCCGAGGUAUGGCCUCAACGAUUCCGGCAGACCAAGUUAGUCAGGACCAGCAACGUUUGACUGGGGAUUCUUUCAUCCGUCCCCAUCUCAAGAAAUUGUCUCCUUAUCAGCCUAUUUUCCCUUUUGAGGUUUUGUCUAGUCGUCUUGGGAGGAAGCCCGAGGAAAUCAUCAAAUUGGAUGCGAAUGAAAACCCUUAUGGUCCACCUCCAGAGGUGGUUGAAGCUUUGGGAGCAUUGAAAUUUCCAUAUGUAUAUCCUGACCCUGAAAGCCGUCGUUUACGUGCUGCCCUUGCUGAAGAUUCAGGCCUUGAGUCAGAUUACAUUCUUGCAGGAUGUGGUGCAGAUGAGCUUAUCGAUUUAAUCAUGCGAUGUGUGCUUGAUCCUGGUGACAAGAUUGUUGACUGCCCUCCAACAUUUACAAUGUACCAAUUCGAUGCAGCUGUUAAUGGGGCACUUGUAGUCAAAGUUCCUAGGAAAGCAGAUUUCAGCUUGGAUGUAGACCAAAUUAUUGAGGUUGUUGAGGAUGAGAAACCAAAAAUUAUAUUCCUGACUUCUCCAAAUAAUCCAGAUGGAAGCAUUAUAAAUGACGUUGAUCUGAUGAGGAUUCUUGAUCUGCCCAUAUUGGUUGUGCUGGAUGAAGCAUAUAUUGAAUUCUCGGGAUUGGCAUCUAGAAUGACAUGGGUGAAGAAGCAUGAAAACUUAAUUGUCCUUCGGACAUUCAGCAAAAGAGCUGGGUUAGCUGGACUUCGAGUGGGAUAUGGUGCAUUUCCUCUCAGCAUUAUUGAAUAUCUUUGGAGGGCAAAGCAACCAUAUAAUGUGUCUGUUGCUGCUGAAGUUUCUGCUUGUGUAGCAUUACAGAACCCCAUCUAUUUAGAGAAAGUGAAGGCAGCUUUGGUACAAGAAAGGGAGAGGUUGUAUAAGCUUCUGUGUGAAGUGCCAUAUCUGAAGCCAUAUCCAAGCCAUUCCAAUUUCAUUCUUUGCGAGGUUACAUCUGGCAAAGAUGCUAAGAAGUUGAAGGAUGAUCUUGCACAAAAGGGCGUGAUGAUUCGCCACUACAACAACAAAGAAUUGAAAGGCUUUGUCAGGGUCUCUGUUGGGAAGCCUGAACACACCGAUGCCUUAAUGGAGUGUCUCAAAGUUUUGAGGUAAUCCAUUUUCCCCAUGUAAUCAAUAUGCUGAAGUUACCUUCAACCUACUUUGUUUAGGAUUGACAGGAUACUUCAAAUCUUCUGAAGACAGUCUAUUUUCUUCACUCCAUUUUGGUCAAAGUGUUUGGUCCUUUCUGCAGCUGGAUAAAUGUCUUGAAUUAUACUUAAAUUGUGUAAGAUUUAAACCAUUUCUUCUUAUUUCCCUUAUCCUGGAUAAUGAAGAAGUUUUUUUUAAUAGUUGAUAUUGAAGAAAUUAUAUAUUAUUGUACUGUGACAA